AUGGUUGAAGAACAUUUGGCAAAAUCUGGUCUCUUCGUUGAUGACUUCAACAAACUACGCCUUAUUGAUCCAGGUAAAUAUACAAUUUAUUGAUUUUCACAAUAGGAAAGUUUUCAGAAGUUGCUGAAAUUUUACAAGGUGCUCAUGAUAAAUCGAAAGAAUUUAAUGAUCAACUUCGAAGUUUUUAUUCAACAACUGGUGGUUUGAUUGAAUCGAUUGAAGAGGUUUGAUAAUUUUUUUCGAAAAUAAUAAUUGAAAAUUUUUUAGUUCGCAAAAAUCGUCGAAACUGAAAAAAUUCGUGCAAUGAUGGUUCGAAAUUCAGCCGAAAAAGAUUUGAAAGCCGAAGAUCCAGUUAUUCUGCAAAUGACAAUUCGAGAAUUGAGUGUUGAAAAAGAGCGACUUCGAAUCGAAUUGGAGGCUAUUAAGAAGAUCGAGAAGGAGCAGGAAAAUUAUAUUCAAACUUUGAUGGAAAAUUGA